GCCGACAGCCGACAUGAAAUCAGUCGCCAUCUUUGCUUCAACCUUUCAAUCGCCUUCACAGAUUUGCGGGCGUUUCAUCGCCGUUUUUCAAUGUUUUGCUCAAAUAAAUCAUUAUACAUCAGUUCUAAAGCCAAGUAAAAUCUUUCCGACUGUUUGUGUAAGUGUUUAGUGCGAAAAUGAGCUUUUUCGGGUUCGGACAGACUGCGGAUAUCGAAAUCGUAUUUGAUGAUGCUGACAAACGGAAGGUUGCCGAAGUGAAAACGGAUGAUGGAAAAAAGGAAAAGUUGUUGCUUUACUACGACGGUGAGACUGUCUCCGGCCGAGUAAAUGUAACUCUAAGGAAACCAGGAUCGAAACUCGAACACCAAGGAAUCAAGGUCGAACUUAUAGGUCAGAUAGAAUUAUUCUACGAUAGAGGUAAUCAUCAUGAGUUCAUAUCCUUGGUCAAAGAGCUGGCUCGUCCUGGUGACCUGCUACAGCAUACGUCGUACCCGUUCGAAUUUGCGAACGUCGAAAAACCCUACGAAGUAUAUACAGGCGCUAAUGUCAGGUUAAGGUAUUUCCUCCGGGCCACUAUCGUGCGUCGCCUCACAGACGUCGUCAAAGAGGUCGACAUAGCUGUCCACACGUUAUGCAGCUACCCGGAUGUGUUAAACUCUAUAAAAAUGGAAGUAGGGAUAGAAGACUGCCUACACAUAGAGUUUGAAUACAACAAGUCCAAAUAUCAUUUGAAAGAUGUAAUCGUCGGUAAAAUCUACUUUUUACUUGUUCGUAUUAAAAUCAAACACAUGGAAAUAUCAAUAAUAAAGAGAGAAACAACAGGAUCUGGGCCCAACACAUUCACAGAGAAUGAAACAGUUGCAAAGUAUGAAAUAAUGGAUGGAGCUCCCGUUAGAGGAGAAAGCAUUCCAAUAAGAGUGUUCUUAGCUGGCUAUGAUCUAACACCAACCAUGAGAGAUAUUAAUAAUAAGUUCUCUGUAAGGUAUUAUCUUAAUCUUGUAUUAAUGGACACAGAAGACCGUCGCUACUUUAAACAGCAAGAAGUUACUCUAUGGAGAAAGAGUGACAAGUCUAGAUUACCGUUGCAUAAUGCCCAUGUUCCUCAGACAUUGUCCCACCCAAGUCAUCCGAUACCCCGGCAAUUAAGUGCUUCCAGUGAAGAUAACUCCAACAGGGCUAUAUCUCCAUCCCAUCCAAACAUAAUGCAAAGAUCUAUUUCUCCAUCUAUGAAUGACGGGGAAAAGCAGAAUGGGCCAUCUGAAAUGGAGCAAGAACAACCGGAUGUGAUAACACACAAAUUGUCAAAUGCACAUAUCGAGAACAACCAACCUGAAGAAGAAGAAAUUGAUGAGCCUGUGAUGGAGAAAAUAAUACCAGAUAAACAAACAGUCGCAGAGAAACCUCAAAUAGCUGAGAAGCCAGUAAUUGCGGAGAAGCCUGUGCUAAGCCGGCCAGAAAGUGAAGCUAGUCCGAGUCAAUAGCCGAUAUGCUCUUGCGCCGUCAAUUUGACAAGCGCUGAAGAUAUGAACUGUAUGUUUUCAUAUUUGAAAACUGUCGUAUAAAUUGUAUGGUUGUAUUAACUUUUCUUUAAAUAUCAGCUGACAUAGUUUGCUGGCAAAAGAAAAGUUAAUACUUCUAUAUCCAAUACUAAAAUUGUUGUAGAAUUUGGGAUUUUUAUCAUUUAAAUGUUGGAGCUGUAUAAAUCGAAAUUAUUGACUUAGUGAGUACUGUCAGCAUUAUAUGGAACAUGUGCUCUGAAUAGGUGUACAUUGCUUUCAUUGCAAUAAUUAAUUAUGGCUGGUAUGUAUUCAAAUAACUGGAAUAGAAACUGAACUUUAAUGAAACAAAAUAAAACACAUUUUGCUCUUUCUAUGUAGGCUAUGUUAUUAUCAUUUUACCUAAAAGCAUGUUUGUUUGCUUAAUAUUUUAAUUAUUAUAAUGAAUUCUUUAACAAGAGUAGGAUGUCUUGAGCUGUUCAAAAUUAUAGUAUAGUGUAUUAAACAUUAGGUCAAAGAUACAACAGAUAAGAUUAUAAUGCUCUUUAUCUUUUUAUUUUUAAUGAUUGAAGUUUGCUAGCAGUAAUUGUAAAUGUUGCAAUAUUAUUAAGAAAAAAAAAAA